AUGGAACUAAAUAUACCAGAAUUAAUGGUUAGACGUCGUAUUGUACUAGAAGGAUACUUGGAUUUCUCGAAAAGUACGACGUCAUGGGAUAUACAUAAAAAUAUGCUUAGAAAAAGUUCUGAAAUGUUUGUAUAUUGCACAGAAAAAAAAGCAUUAAUAUGCCCAGCACCUAGGAGACGUGGAGUAAAGGAGGAUGGGUGUAUAAUUGCAUAUAAUAGUGGUUACAUUAUAGGUAUUGGUGAGAAUGAAGAAACCUGUAUUGAGUAUAUUGCAUGGCUACGCAAAAAAUUUAGACAACAUGAUCCUUCUGUAGCACUUCAAAUUACUCCAAUUAAUGUCAUAUUUCGUAUUGAUAUAUCUUACAAAAUAGGUUCCAUUAAUCUAGACAAGCUCUUCAACAUAAUAAAAGUGAUACCUCAUAACUUUGAGAUAUCCUAUGAUCCUGAAGUAUCUGCAGUAUUAAUGUUGUAUUACAAUGGCCGAAGCCAAGAUAAAUGCUUUUGUUUCCCACAAAGUGAACAAGUUUGCAGUGAAAUUACAGAAUGUUGCUACACAAUAUCAAGUAAUAUUAUUAUAAUCAGUAGAGUAAAGUCGUAUAAACAUGCAAACAUUGCAGCUCAGAUAUUAAUUACAUACCUAAACCAAAAUGAGAUAGUCAGAAGAAAUCAGUGA